CCACAGUGGCCCUGUUUGGGAAAGUGCCCUUAUAACACGGCAGCAUCAGCACUUACAGCACCGGGCACGAAGUCACACCCACUCUCCUGGUUCUAUGGCUGCUGUGAGGGAGUGGUCCUGCACCCGCUGCACUUUCCUGAACCCAGUGGGCCAGCGCCAGUGCUCCAUCUGUGAGGCCCCCCGCCAGAAGCCAGACCUCAACCACAUCCUGCGGCUCAGUGUGGAGGAGCAGAAAUGGCCGUGCGCCCGCUGCACCUUCAGGAACUUCCUGGGCAAGGAGGCCUGUGAGGUGUGCGGCUUCACACCGGAGCCUGGGCCUGGCAGCUCCCCGCUGCCCAUCAUCAAUGGCGUCCUGCCCAAGCCCGCCGUCCUGCCCAAGCCCGCUGUCCUGGUGGAGCCCAAGGGGAUCGCCACCGAGGAGGCAUGCAAGACGGAGAGCAACAGCGAAGAGUCUGGGGGGAAGAGCCCCAACGAGGCGGAGCUGGAGGAUGGCUGGGCCUGCCAGCGCUGCACUCUGCACAACACCCCCGUGGCCAACUCGUGCUCCGCUUGUGGGGGGCCACGCAAGCUCUCGCUACCCAAGAUCCCCCCGGAGGCGCUGGUAGUCCCCGAAGUCAUUGCCCCAGCAGGGUUCCAUGUGGUCCCAGCUCCCCCGCAGCCCGGUGUUGCCAUAGAAACUCUGGACAGUGACCCUGUUGCCAGCCAGAGCCCGGCGAUCAUGGAGCAGGACGUUCAGAAGAUGCCAACCUUCAGCCCCUUUUCCCCUGGCCUCCAGAACAACCCCGUGCCCAGGAGCCGCAGGGAGGUGCCACCCCAGCUGCAGCCACAGGUGCCUGACGCCUCUCAGCCCACGUCUGGGCAGAAGGGGUCUCCGCAGGGCCAGGCCAGGGCACCCCCAGCUGCCCGCUUCCAGGAGCUGCUGUCCAACAAGCGGCUGAGUGUGCUGGAGGAGGAGAUGGAGGUCAGCCCGUCCCACUGGCAGUGCAGCACCUGUGCCCUGCUCAACUCGGCUGGGUCGAGCAAGUGUGAGGCCUGCAGUGCUCUGAAAGGCAGUGACACUAUUGACCUGGCGGGGGACUCGGUGCGCUUCACUCCCUGCAGCCCUUCCAGCCCCGACUUCACCACCUGGGCCUGUUCCAAGUGCACCCUAAAGAACCCCACCCUGGUGCAGAAGUGCAAAGCCUGUGGUUGCUCCAAACUGCACGGCUUCCAGGAACAUGGGGCACAGGGCGAGCCUGCCCCCAAGUGCGUCGACUGCAGCUCCGACAAAGGGGGUUGCGCCUCUUGCGGCAGCAAGGCCCCAUCGGCCCGGAAAAUGGCCCGCCUCUUCCCUUCCCAGCCGCCCUUGGUACAGGACAGCCCGAGCCAGUGGUCUUGCCCCGCUUGUACCCUGCUCAACGAACUCAAGGCCAAGCACUGUGCGGCCUGCCACACCCCGCAGCUGUACAUGACGCAGCGCAAGGGGGCCAAGCCGCUCAAGAGGCGGGAGAGCAUGGAUGCGGAGAAGCGGCGGCAGACGGAUGAGGGGGAGGCCAAGGCCCUGUGGGAAAACAUUGUGAGCUUCUGCCAGGAGAACAAGGUCAACUUUGUGGACGACAGUUUUCACCCAGGGCCCAAGGCGGUGGGGUUCCCUGAUGGGGACAGUGUGCAGCAGAGGGUGAAGCUAUGGCUGCGGCCCCACGAAAUCAACUGUAGCAUCUCCAAGGACUGGUCAGUCAAGUGGUCAGUGUUCCGGACACCCCGGCCCUCGGACAUUCUGCAGGGACUCCUGGGAAACUGCUGGUUCUUGAGUGCCCUGGCGGUGCUGGCGGAGCGGCCCGAGCUGGUGGAGAAGGUGAUGAUCACACGGACCAUGUGCCCGGAGGGAGCCUAUCAGGUGCGGCUGUGCAAAGACGGCACGUGGACCACAGUGCUGGUGGAUGACAUGCUGCCCUGUGAUGAGUGCGGCUACCUCCUCUUCUCUCAGGCCCAGAGGAAGCAGCUUUGGGUAGCUCUCAUUGAGAAGGCUCUGGCCAAGCUGCAUGGUUCGUACUUUGCCCUCCAGGCGGGGCGCGCCAUCGAAGGCCUGGCUACACUAACCGGCGCCCCCUGCGAGAGCCUGAUGCUGCAGGUCAGCUCCACUAACCCUCGCGAGGAGCCCAUUGACACUGACCUCAUCUGGGCCAAAAUGCUGAGUUCUAAGGAGGCUGGGUUUCUGAUGGGCGCCUCGUGCGGCGGGGGCAACAUGAAGGUGGAUGAUGCAGCCUACGAGAGCAUGGGCCUUCGCCCGCGGCACGCCUACUCAAUACUGGACGUGCGGGACGUGCAGGGCUACAGACUCCUGCGGCUCCGGAACCCCUGGGGCCGCUUCUCCUGGAAUGGCAACUGGUCCGACGAGUGGCCCCACUGGCCGGUGCACUUGCGUCACGAUCUGAUGCCCCACGGGAGCAGCGAGGGCGUCUUCUGGAUAGAGUAUGGCGACUUCAUCAGAUACUUUGACUCGGUGGAUAUCUGCAAGCUCCACUCAGACUGGCACGAGGUUCGGGUGCAGGGGACCUUCCCCAACAAGGCCAGUGGACCCGUGACGGUGACCUCGCUGACGGUGCUGGAGCGUGCUGCGUUGGAGUUCGCCCUCUUCCAGGAGGGCAGCAGGCGCUCCGACACGGUGGACAGCCACUUGCUGGACCUGUGCAUUAUGGUGUUCCGCGCCACCUUCACCAGCGGGAACAAGCUGAGCCUGGGCCGGCUGGUGGCCCACAGCAAGCGGGCGGUGAAGAAGUUUGUGAACUGCGACGUCAUGCUGGAGCCGGGCGAGUAUGCUGUCGUGUGCUGUGCCUUCAACCACUGGAAUGCCCCGCUGCCGGGCACGUCCUCUGGCCAGGGUGAGGCCCCAGGCGCGCUCCCGGCUCGGCACACCAGCCCCGCCAGCUACAUCCUGGCCAUCUACAGCUCCCGCCUGGUGAUGGUGGAGCAGGUCGAGGCGCAGCCCACCACGCUGGCCGACGCCAUCAUCCUGCUGACCGAGAACAAGGGCGAGCGGCACGAGGGCCGCGAGGGGAUGACCUGCUACUACUUGACGCAUGGCUGGGCGGGGCUGAUCGUGGUGGUGGAGAACCGGCAUCCCAAGUCCUACCUGCACGUCCAGUGUGACUGCACAGACAGCUUCAAUGUGGUGUCCACGCGGGGCAGCCUGAAAACACAGGAUAGCGUGCCACCGCUGCACAGACAGGUGCUGGUGAUCCUCUCUCAGCUGGAAGGCAACGCCGGCUUCUCCAUCACCCACCGCCUGGCGCACCGUAAAGCCGCCCAGGCCUUCCUCAAUGACUGGAUGGCAACGAAAGGGACCCACAACCCGCUGCUCACCCCUGAGGUGGCGGGGCUGCACGGGCCCCGGCCGCUAUGA